UACUCUUUCAGUCACUUCCCCUUCCCACUACCAUUUCUCCUCCGCUUUGAGUUCCACUCGGGGAGCUUUCGACAUCGUAUACACAAAAAAUGUAAAUAUGAGUGCUUUAUUCUUCUUCCCUGUCAUUCUUAAUGUUGUUGUUUCGGGUCAGAGAUCUUUAAAGGCGUUCGACGAGUAGUGUGUAGACUGGAUUCCUUCUGCAAGUGAUCACCUUUUGACUCGUUGUUUCAAGCAGCUGCUAUCUGCACUGAGAAAAAUGGAGCAGAGGGUAGGCCUGUCAGAACAUACAACCGAGAGUUACCAACAUGCAGAUACCCAAAACAAGGAAUGGAUCAUCAGAAGUUCCAGGCAAGAAUUCUAUGCUGACGCUUAAAUCGAAAUGUCCCACAAAGGUGACUGGAUCGGAAUUGAAUACUUCUUCUACAAAUUCAUCCAAACUUCUCGCUGAUAGAAGUCCCAAGAUCGAAUGCCGCACAGCUAAAACCAUGGAGACUGAGAAGAGAGGCUCAGGCAGGGUCACCGAGUUGGAAUGUCAGAUCGCUCAGCUCCAGGACGAUCUGAAGAAGACAAGGGAUCAGCUGAAUUGUACCGAGUCAUGGAAGAGACGAGCCCAGCAGGAAUCAGAGGAGGCCAAGAAACAGCUUUUAGUCGUGGCUCUAAAGCUCGAAGAUUCCAAAAGCCAGAUGAAGGAGCUAUCAGCAGCAGAAGAGUCACGGAUUCAAGAAUUAAGAAAGAUCUCUCAGGAACGUGAUCGAGCAUGGCAGUCUGAGCUGGAAGCCAUCCAGAACCAGCACUCCAUUGAUACUGCAGCACUGGCAUCCGCCAUGAACGAGAUACGAAGGCUGAGGCUUCAGCUCGAGAUGGUCCUUCGAUCCGAGGCUGCACUUACAAAGAAGUCUGAAGUUGAACACAUAGAGAUGCAGUCUUCAAAAAGAGAUCUCGCGGAGGUGUCAUUCUCCAUUGAAAACCUAAAACUUCAGCUCAUAAGUAGUGAAAAAGCUGAAGCCGAAGCAAAAUCCACGCUUGCUGAGACAAGGAAACAACUGGAAGUUGCACAGAGUACAAUUGAAGCUCUCCUUACUGAUGGGUCAAAACUCAUGGAAUCCUUCAGUAUCGUAGCUACCGAACUAAAAGAAUCCAGAUCACGAGUCAAGUCACUUGAAGAAACUGUGAAGAGACUGCAGGAAGAGCGGUUCACUGCUCAUCUCCAAGCCUUAGCUGGUUUUGGCAAUCCAAAAAAGAUCUGCUUCGGUUCUUUAGACUCUGAAGUGGAACAGUUGAUGUCAGCACUAGAAGAUGCUUGGAUCAAGAAUCAGCAAGAGCAGAUCGAGAGAACAGUGAAGAUCCAGUGCACUCGUGAAAUGAUGGAGAAAAUGAGUACUGACUCCAGACUAAGAGAAUCUGAACUAGAAUUGCGACUAAUUGAUACUGAAUCAGAGGUUACUGUGCUCAAGUCCAAUCUGUUUGACAAGGAAGAGGAGCUACAGAGAAUCUCAGAUAUGAACAAGAAGCUGCUUGCAGACAGCGAGGAAGCACGAGAAAAUCAAAUUGAAUCCGAACUUGGUUUAAAGCUAACAAAAUCAAUUGCUGAUGCUAAGGAUUUAAAGUCUAAACUAACAAAUUUGGUGAUAGAUCUACAGAGACUAUCUGAAGAGAACGAGCAACUAAAAUCCGAGCUGAGGAGGACUGAAACAGAGAACCAUAAAGCUUGUGAAGAAGCAAUAGCCGAGAUGAAGUCGGCUAAGGCUGCGGAGGAGGAGGCACUGAUGAAGCUAGGAUCCAUUUCCGACAAAGCUGAGAAGAACAACCGAAGGGCUACAAGGGUGGCUGAAGAGCUGGAGGCAGUUCAAGCGGUGAAGUCUGAAAUGGAAGCUGAACUGAGGAAGCUCAAGGUGCAAGCGGAACAGUGGAGGAAGGCAGCUGAAACUGCCAUUAUGAUGCUUACGGCUGACAACAAUGGGAAAUUUUCCGGAGCUGUGGAUUCCGAGCGCAAAUCUGCUGAAGGGAAGUUGAUGAGCUUACGCCUCUCCGAUGACAUUGGUGAGGAAUCCUCGAGGAAGAAGAAAAACUAUGUCCUUAGAAGAAUCAGAGGGAUGUGGAACAAGGAGCAGAAGUAAUAGUCAAUUUGCAUCUGCAGUUUGUAAUGUUAACGAAUACCUUGGCUUCUGUUUAAUAUUGAAACAAUAAAUAAACAUUUGUGUUUCCGGA